UAUCAUAAGGUACUAUUUGUUUUCCUCCACAAUGCAGGGAACUUCAAACGUUUUCUUUCCCUGGGAACACCGAAAGUAAUCUUCGUAAAGGAAGAAUCAGCAAACGUGUUGCUCGAAGCCGUCAAAGAAUUGGAAUCUGAUGCAAAAGUCGUUGUAUUCGGAAAAUAUCCAGGUGUUGCGUCCUUUUCGGAUAUUUUAGCGGAAGCGAGUGAACAGGAAGUGGCGAAUUUCAAAUGUGAUGAGAUUCCUGACAUGAAGCAUAUCGCCAUAAUUGUACCGACGUCAGGAACGACUGGGAUGCCUAAGGGUGUCGCACUGUCUCAUGAAUAUUUCAUUCGAGCAAUAAUACCGUACGAUAAUUCAAGCUUCAACGAAAGAUCGGCUAUUAUAUUUUCGAAGUUGAUUUGGGUUACAGCUAAUUUAAUCAUAUUGGUGAGUGCUGUUACACGGUGGCCGAGAAUUAUUUGUGCAACAUUCACGACUGAGGUUCUCUUCGACGUAAUUAAUAAAUAUAAGCCCAGCUUCCUUGUGAUGUCAGUCAGCAUGAUGCAGCAGACAGUAAGAUCUGGGAAUAAUGAUAAAUGUGAUUUCUCAUCGUUGAAAAAUAUUACGGUUACUGGUGCUCGUGUAAACAGCGAAUCACUUACAAUCCUUAGAGAACUUGCGAAGAAUGCAACAGUGAACCAAGCAUAUGGUUUAACGGAAGUAGGAUUCGCAACGGUACAACAAUCGUAUGGUAAACCAGAAUCUGUGGGGACGCCAGCUGAUAACGUUCAAAUCAAAAUAGUGGAUAUUCAAUCUGGAGAAAUUCUGGGACCUAGUCAAAAAGGUGAAAUAUGUAUAAACUCACCUGCACGACUGGUUGAAUAUUAUAAAAAUCCAGAGGCCACAAAAGCAGCCAUUGACGAUGAAGGUUUUUUUCGUACCGGCGAUAUUGGCUACUACGACGAUGACGGAAAUUUCUUCCUUGUCGAUAGGUUGAAGGCACUCAUAAAGUUCAGAAACUACCAUGUUUCAGCUUCAGAAAUUGAAACGAUUUUACAAUCACAUCCGUCUGUACAGGAAGCUGCAGUGGUUGGUAAACCUCAUGAAAUUGAUGACGAACAUCCCUUAGCCUUUGUGACGAAAGUCCCUGGGCGGGAGGUUACUGAACAAGAACUGAUCGACCUAGUCGCAAAGGAAGUAAUGGAUACGAACAGACUUCGCGGUGGUGUAAUAUUCUUAGAGUCGAUGCCACGUACUGCUACUGAUAAACAAAAGCAGAAGGUGAAAAUUGAAAACAAUAUUGUGAAAGGCAAAGAAGUGGCAUUUGAAAUAAGCUACACUCACCUGGGCAAGUACAUCUUGGACAAUAUAUCGGUGUCGCCCGAUAAAGCUGCUCAGCAAAAGCAGAAGGUGAAAAUUGAAAACAAUAUUGUGAAAGGCAAAGAAGUGGCAUUUGAAAUAAGCUACACUCACCUGGGCAAGUACAUCUUGGACAAUAUAUCGGUGUCGCCCGAUAAAGCUGCUCAGAUAGAUGCGGCAACCGGUAAAAUCGAUACGUUUGGCGACGUAAAAGAUCGUUCGAUCAGAUGCGCUGUCUGGUUAAGGAAAAAGGGUAUCCGUCCAAAUGACGUGGUUGCAAUUUGUACCGAUAAUCAUUUAGACACGUGCAUACCAGUGUUCGCCGCUCUUUACCUCGGGGCACCAUAUUUACCCAUCGAUGAUGCUUCGGAUAUACUAUAUGGUUCAACGGAAGUAGGAUUAGCAACGGUACAACAAUCGUAUGAUAAACCAGAGUCUGUGGGGACGCCAGCUGAUAACGUUCAAAUCAAAAUAGUGGAUAUUCAAUCUGGAGAAAUUCUGGGACCUAGUCAAAAAGGUGAAAUAUGUAUAAACUCACCUGCACGACUGGUUGAAUAUUAUAAAAAUCCAGAGGCCACAAAAGCAGCCAUUGACGAUGAAGGUUUUUUUCGUACCGGCGAUAUUGGCUACUAUGACGAUGACGGAAAUUUCUUCCUUGUCGAUAGGUUGAAGGCACUCAUAAAGUUCAGAAACUACCAUGUUUCAGCUUCAGAAAUUGAAACGAUUUUACAAUCACAUCCGGCUGUACAGGAAGCUGCAGUGGUUGGUAAACCUCAUGAAAUUGAUGACGAACAUCCCUUAGCCUUUGUGACGAAAGUCCCUGGGCGGGAGGUUACUGAACAAGAACUGAUCGACCUAGUCGCAAAGGAAGUAAUGGAUACGAACAGACUUCGCGGUGGUGUAAUAUUCUUAGAGUCGAUGCCACGUACUGCUACUGAUAAAAUAAACAAGCCAAAACUGAAAGAAAUGUUGAAAGAUAUUAUAUAACGCAAUUGGUGUGAAUAGAAACUAUAUUAACCGCCUAUGACGCUUGCUUAGAAGAGCAGUCAGUUACCUGCCUUCGUUAGUAACGGAUCAAUCAUGUGAUCCUGUUGUAGUGCUUCAUCCGAAAAUAAAGGAAACCAUACAAAAAGAAA